UCAAAGUGGUACUUUAUCUUUCGGUGUAUGCGCGAGGUAGAGGCAUCGUGAGGCAUCGUGUUCUCCGCGAUUUUUCAGCGAAGAAACGCGAAGGAAUCGUUGUCAACGAGCGAUGGAGGCCGGUGCGAGUACGGGUACUCGUACGACGCGUUUUAUGAUGGAAGGCGUCGGCGCCCGAGUGAUUCGUGGACCGGAAUGGAAGUGGGGAAAACAGGAUGGUGGAGAAGGUCACGUGGGCACCGUUAGAAAUUUUGAAUCUCCAGAAGAGGUUGUGGUCGUCUGGGAUAACGGCACAGCAGCCAACUAUCGAUGCUCUGGAGCUUUUGAUCUACGUAUAUUAGAUUCUGCACCAACUGGAGUGAAACAUGAUGGCACAAUGUGCGAUACUUGUCGUCAGCAGCCUAUCUUUGGAAUAAGAUGGAAGUGCGCUGAAUGUGGCAAUUAUGAUCUUUGUUCCAUUUGUUAUCAUGGGGAUAAACAUCACUUACGACAUAGAUUUUUUCGCAUUGCUACACCAGGAAGUGAAAGAGUUUUAUUGGAGCCUCGUAGGAAAAGCAAAAAGAUUGCAAUUCGUGGCAUAUUUCCUGGUGCAAGAGUUGUACGAGGCGUGGAUUGGCAAUGGGAAGAUCAAGAUGGUGGAAAUGGUCGUCGGGGAAAAGUUAAUGAAAUACAAGAUUGGUCUGCAGCUAGUCCACGUUCAGCGGCUUAUGUUAUUUGGGACAAUGGCGCCAAAAAUUUGUAUAGAGUCGGAUUUGAAGGAAUGGCUGAUUUAAAAGUAGUUAAUGAUGCAAAAGGACAAACAGUAUAUAGAGAUCAUUUGCCAUUAUUGGGUGAGCAAGGUCCAGGUCGAACAGGACCUCAUGGUCUGCAAAUUGGUGAUCAGGUUAAUGUCGACUUGGAAUUAGAAAUUGUACAGUCAUUGCAACAUGGCCAUGGAGGUUGGACAGAUGGAAUGUUCGAAUGUCUUGGCACUACAGGAACGGUUGUUGGUAUUGAUGAAGAUCAUGACAUUGUUGUUUCUUAUCCAAGUGGUAAUCGCUGGACUUUUAACCCUGCUGUACUCACUAAAGUCCAGAUACCCGUUCCUGUUACUUCAAGUUCCGACAAUCAGACGUUUGCUGUUGGAGAUUUAGUUCAAAUAUGUCAUGAUAUAGAAAAAAUUAAAUUACUUCAGCGUGGACAUGGGGAAUGGGCAGAGGCAAUGGCUCCAACAUUGGGAAAGAUAGGUAGAGUUCAGCAGAUAUAUCAUGAUGGAGAUUUAAAAGUGGAAGUUUGUAGUACAUCAUGGACAUAUAAUCCUCAAGCUGUUACAAAAGUGGCUAGUAGUGACGGAAGUGUUCCAGGGAAUAGUAGUGGUGAACGAUUAUCAGCAUUAUUGAAGAAAUUAUUCGAGACACAUGUAUCUGGUGAUGUCAAUGAAGAAUUAGUAAAAACCGCAGCAAAUGGCGACGCCGCUAAAUGCGAGGAAUGCUUAAAACGACCAGAAGCCGAAGUUAACGGUGUAUUCGCUGGUCAUACCGCAUUACAAGCUGCAAGUCAAAACGGUCAUUUAGAAGUUAUAAAAAUACUUCUCCGGUUCACCGCGGAUGUUGAAAUGGAAGACAAAGAUGGUGAUAGAGCUGUACAUCAUGCUGCUUUUGGAGAUGAGCCAGGUGUUAUGGCUCUUCUCGCUGGUGCCGGCGCCGAUCUAAAUGCUCGAAAUAAAAGACGUCAGACUGCUCUUCACAUCGCAGUUAAUAAAGGACACGCUGGUGUUGUGCGAACUCUGUUGGAAUUGGGCUGCCAUCCGAGUCUACAGGACUCCGAAGGUGACACACCCCUUCACGACGCGAUCUCUAAGAAACGGGAUGACAUGUUGGCUCUGUUGUUGGACCACGCCGCAGACAUCACCCUCACCAACAACAAUGGCUUCAACGCUCUGCACCACGCUGCUCUUCGUGGCAACCCAAGUGCGAUGCGGGUCCUGCUGUCGAAAUUGCCGCGACCCUGGAUCGUCGACGAGAAGAAAGAUGAUGGUUAUACUGCUCUUCACUUGGCUGCCCUUAACAAUCACGUGGAGGUCGCAGAGCAAUUAGCACGCGCUGGAAAAGCUGAUCUGGACCUGCAAAACGUGAACCUGCAAACUGCCCUGCAUUUGGCAGUCGAGCGGCAACACACGCAGAUCGUCCGGCUAUUGGUUCGCGAAGGCGCAAAUCUUAACGUCGCCGAUAAGGAUGGGGACACGCCUUUACAUGAGGCCCUUCGACAUCACACGCUGUCACAAUUACGGCAGCUGCAGGACGUACAGGACGUUGGACGAUUGCUGAUGGGUCUGGGUACUCAGGGCCAAGACAAGAAGAGUAGCUCCUUUAUUGCGUGUUUCCUCGCGGCGCACGGCGCCGACCUGGAGUUGAAGAACAAAAAGGGCCAGACACCUUUAGAUCUUUGCCCGGAUCCGAAUCUCUGCAAGACUCUCACUACCUGUCACAAGGAUAAGAAAUCACACGACAUUGAAACGAUUGUCCCAUCGGCAGCAAUCGACGAGUGUCUCGUAUGCUCCGAUGGCAAACGAGAAAUGCUGUUUAGUCCCUGUGGACACGUGGCUUGUUGUAAUGUCUGUGCACCGAGAGUGAAGAAAUGUCUGAUUUGUCGUGAGAACGUUCUUUCUCGAGUGAAGAUCGAAGAAUGCGUGGUGUGUUCGGAUCGCAAGGCGGGCGUGUUGUUCCGUCCUUGCGGGCACAUGUGCGCCUGCGAGAGCUGCGCUGCCCUAAUGAAGAAGUGCGUGCAAUGCCGGGCCCAGAUACAGCACAUGGUACCGCUCUCGGUCUGCUGCGGCGGUGGCGGAGAUGUCACCUACGUGAAGGGGUGCAACGUUUCAGGAACAAUAACUGAAGUCAAGGUAGAUCCCGAGGAGGAACCGACGCCCUCGAACAACACCGGGGUUGGGGAAGCUCUCCUAAUGAACAACGGCAGCCGAGAUACUUCCCACAGCGACAUACAAAAACUACAGCAGCAAUUGCAGGACAUCAAGGAGCAGACUAUGUGUCCCGUUUGUCUGGAUCGUUUGAAAAACAUGAUCUUCCUGUGCGGACACGGCACCUGCCAAAUGUGCGGCGACCGGAUGUCAGAAUGUCCAAUAUGUCGCAAGGCAGUGGAUAAACGUAUUCUACUCUACUAAAAAUAAAAGACUGUCACUGACCAUGCAUUGCGCGUUGGAAUUUUCCAAGGGCAAUUGUAUGAUGGACGAAUUAUAAUCCACGACAAUCCACGACAUUUCGCGAAGGAAAACAUUUUCUUUAACGCCCCGUUUAUUUUUGACAACAAGAUCAUACCAGACUGCAAAGCAACGUUAUUUAAAACAUCAUGAUUUCGAUGAUAUAACAAUGAUAAAUAAUAAAAAUAUUAAAUGUUGUAGUUCUCCGAGCUACGGUGGUUUAUAGAUAAAAAUAUAAGUUGAUCAUAUAUCGAUAAAUAAUCGCGAUAAGUACGCAUAAUUAUUUAUUAUUCGUAUUUUUAAUAAGUAAACUCGUUACAUGAUAGAUGAUAUAUUAUACUGUUGAAGUUGUGUUUCAUAUAUAGUCGUAUGACUAUGUAACAUAUUUCCAGUAAACUUCCUACAAAACUUUUAUUUAUCAUUUAUAAAUAUUAUCAUCUUUCUGCGAUGAUUGCAAAUUUUGAAAACGCUCAAUAAACAUUAGAAAGUUCUUCCGAAUAUCUAUUCGAUAAAAAUAACAAUUUUAUAACAAAUAACUACUUCGAAUAAUUCCCACAUAGAUUGCCAAGAUUAAUAAUAAGAUAUUGCAUUUGACACAUUUAAUUUUCUCGAAGUAUUAAAAUGAAAGCUGUCAAAAAAAUGAUUUAUCAUUGUUAAUUAGAUAUAAUUAAUUAUUAACAUAUAUAAUGUUAUUUAUACGUUACAAAAAAUUGAUAAAAAUUGAUAAAAAUAUUCUUCAAUACAGUGCAAUGGCGAAUGUAUAUUGAUAAUGUAAUGAAGGUAUUUUCAAUUUUUUUCUAAAUUUAAAAAUUUAUAUUAAAUGUUUUGUUUUGAGCACCUAGUAAUUAUAUCUAAGUAUAGAAUUAUAUUGAUUAAAAAUUUAUAAUUUUGGUAUUUAAAAAAUAAUUGGUUUCUAAUAUAUUUUUAUAUUAAUUUUGAAAGUAACAAAAAAUAUACAUGCAUAAAACAAAAAAAAAUUAUAUAUAAUUUUGUAUAUUUAUAAAAUUAAUCUUUUUUGAGAAAUAUUACCUUCAGCUUUUCAAAAAAUGUAGAUUUAUUAUUAUUUGUAUCAUGAAACAUUCAUACGUCUUGUGAGACUCUAAAAUUAAUAACUUUCUUCUUUUUACAUCAAUUUUUAUGCAUUUCUUGUAUAUAUUUUAUAAUAUAUUAUAAUAAGUUUUCCUUAUACUUAAUUUCUGAAUAUGAGUGGCUGAGUUUGAUUCUUAUAUUGCAUCCAAUUACUUGGUUAACUCAAAUUGGAAAAUUACUUGUAUUAGUAUAUAUUAUAACGAUCGAUAAAACUAAUUGAUGCAUUCUUAAACAAAAAUUGAAAUAAUGAAUAUAUAAAAAUAGAAUGAUUCAUAUUUGAAGAUCAUUCCUAUAUAUUUUGACAGUAUUUUUUUUAUUACUGUCUCUUAAGUUUUAUUUCAAUGUAUAUGAUCUAUAUAUUAUAUGUAUCGUUAAUGUAUAUGCGAAUUAUGAUAUAAAUAAAAUGUGACAACAAUCUAAACUACGAUAAUCAUAUCGUAUGUCAAAUAUGUCUCAUACAGCGAAAAUUAUAUCAUUACAUGAUUGAUUGCUUUAAUGUAUUUCAUCUAGUGUAAUGAAAUAAAGGAAUUUUGUAUUACAUAAAGUA